AUGUCCUCACUUUUCCAAGAUCUUUAUCAAUCAUAUACAAAGCACCUUGGAUUAAAAAAUGCACUCUUAAAUAAGAAACUUGUGUUUUAUGGUUAUAUUACAUACACUGUUCUUAAUAUCGAAGAUCCUGUUAAAUUAAAAUUCCAUGUCAGUGAUAUUAUAGAGCUGGUUGAAAAUUCUAAGAAAAUCACUUAUACUAGGAUUAGAACAAUAUUUACACAUCAAGGAACUAGUAAGAAGACCUAUGUGUUUUUUCAAUGUGACAGGUUUCAGGAGAUGAACAUUGUUGAUCCAAUACUUGGAUGUCCACUCUAUAAA